ACAGUACCCUACGCCGCACACUUCCUCACUCUAAUCGUGGUAGUGACUCCAGGGCCCAAUCAUCGCAGGAAAAACGACACAGACUAUAUGAGCAACAAACCUUGUCCUGUGGUGGAAUACGCAGAGAGGUCGCAGUGUCUACAGGUCGAGCAGGAGUUAAUCUGCAAAGGGGGAAUAACAAGGGAAUGGAUGACAGGAAUAAGGGUGGACAUUUCUCACCUUAGGCUGAUCGAGUGGCCAGGGUUGUGCAUCCAUGCGGGCCGAGUUCAGCAGUUAUUCCCAGAGUUGCGGACCCUAGAGCUGAUCAAUUGUUCAUCCUUGGAGUUCUUUAAGGGACACUUCGGCAGCACCAGUAAGAUCCAGAAGCUGACUAUCCACGGGUCUCCUUCGCUGUGGGAGGUUCCACCAGGAUUAAUAGAUUGCAUGCCUGGACUACGCAUAUUGGAUCUCCGACGGAACGGCAUACGGCAUAUGAGAGAUGAACUACUGAGCAGACCACCAAACUUGCAAGAAGUUCAUUUGAGCGAAAACCAAUGGGACUGCAGUGAUGGUGGCCUUGACUGGCUGGCUAUGAAGGAGGAAAAUUCCACUACCAGAAAAAGGAUAGCAGACUACAAAAUAUUGGUCUGUCACCAAAAGCUGUAUAGGGGGAAACCGUUGCACGUUAUCAUGGACAUUAUCAGGACCAUGCACUUGACUUGCCCGAGCCCCUGCGAGUGCAAGAUGACGCAUGUCGUGUCCGACACGGCGGGUACAAUAAUACCCCUCAUCACGGUGAACUGUGCAGAAAGGCAGCUGGAGGCACCGCCUUCCACCUUGCCUCCGAGCUCCACGACACUCCGCCUAGAAGGCAACAAGAUAAGCUCUAUAAGGGCUAUAAUUCAAAAUCCUUUAUACAAGAAACUGGCAGAUUUGUAUUUGGAUAACAACAGCAUCCCUGCUGUCAAAGAACUGGAAGGGUCCGAGUGGUUUACAACUUUUCGUGUGCUCAGUCUCAGGGGGAACAAAUUGAAACAGAUCCCCGUGUACGCCUUCGACAAGGCGCUUCAAGUCAACAACAACAUAAUGCACGUAUACCUCGGCCAUAACCCUUGGAGGUGUGACUGCCACUUCAUACCGCGAUUUCAAGGACUGUUGCUGAAAUACAAGAGGGUAAUAGGGGACCUCCCCGACAUAAGGUGUUCCAAGUCAGACGACAAGAAAACGUCUCUGGUACAGAUAAGCACAAUGCCGCUUGGUAACGUGUGCAGCAGCGAAAUGGAGAUGCCUAUCAGCCCCAUCAACAUCGUCAAUCUGGUGCUACUCACUUUAAUUUUACUAGUUCUAGGUCGAUUCUUAUACGAUUGGCGAAAUUUCAAAACUACGGGGAAAUUGCCGUGGCUUUCUUCGAUUUUACCAUAAGUGAUACAAUGUGAUAAUAAAUACGAGUUUCAAAAUAUAGUAACGUCGUUUUUCUUCUCUCCUAUGAUACAAUAGAAAAGUUAAAUUUUGGUGCGUGCUAAGUAACUCAAAAUUUAGGGUGUAUAAGACAA